AUGGCAUUCUGUUUCGUAGGAAGACAAGUGGCUGGUAGGGCUUUGCUUGGAGCACCAACACAAUUAAGGGGAUACUGCCAGAAAAUCUCUCCCACAAAAACCUCUAGUAGAGUUGGUCAUGAUGUUAGAGCUUUCAUUGGGGGCGGACUCGUAUCUGCGUGCUUCUACUUGUACUGGUUACGCAACGAAGCUUUUAAAAUUAAAGAGAGGAGCACACUCUUGACUACUACACCACACAGUCUGUCAUUCGUAAGGGAAGAAAGGUUGAUCGAUCACCAUGUUUGGGAGCACAGACUUUUCCCUACUGAAGGUGAAAAGUUACUUAAAUUGUUUAAUAAACAUCAGUUUAGUGGGAUAACUGUUGUUUGUGCCAUGAGUACCCACUAUAAAGAUAGAGAUCAUCAGAAAAUUCUUAAGAAGAAAACAGUCUUGUUACAGUCCUUUCAGAAAGUCUUUGAUGAACCAAAGGACUUACCUCCUAACAGACCUUUUGUCAUACCAUUACUUUACUUUCAGACACACAAAGGAUAUAAUAAUGUGGAAACAGGGGUGUGUUUACAGUUAAGAGCUGUUGUGAAGAACAAAGUCAUCAUUGGAACAAUUAUGGCCAUGUAA